CCCGUAUUUUUCCCCGACGCAGCUGACGAUGUAAACAAGAGCGAAGGCAGUCGAGGGCAACGGGUAUCAAGCAGGCCCGCCGUCAUCGCAAAUGGUAGCCGUUAAAUAGACAUAGGAAGGCCGUCAUGGGGCUCCCUGUUACUAUCAAAGUGAACUUCCGCGGCAACGUGAAGAGGUUUCUGGCACAGGACUUGGACAAACUGGAGUGGGAGUACGUGGAAGCCUGGAUCAAAGCAUCAUUUGGGAUCAACCACUUUCAAGUGAAAUACUUUGAUGAAGACAACGAAGAGAUUUGCAUAAACAGUCAAGAUGAGUAUGAAGAAGCCAUCAAGAGCGCAGAGAAGCAGGGCAACCAGUUGCACAUGAACGUGUACAAGAUGAAAGGACAGGCCUGUGGAGGCCCGCUGAAAACGGAGGUGAAGGAGCUCAAAGGAGACCUCCGACCUGCUCCUCCUUACCCAUCAAGAGUCAAAACAGUAGACAAAGGCACCCAGGUCACUCCAGAGCGUGAAACUGUACCAGUAAAGGACAACAAGGGGAACAAACCUGAAGAUGAACCCCCUCCCAUGUGGUUCAGAUCGUACAUGGAGAAGUUUAAGGAUGAAGUUGUGAAGGAGGUAGUGGAAAGGAUGUGCAAUGACUUUUCCGGCCAGUGUUGUACCCACAAAUCCUCUGAUGGGUUCCAGGAGCUCAGCGGUGCUUGCGGAGGUCCUCUGGGACCUGUACCGGGCCCCUCCACCUCUAACGGAUCGCUCGGCUACACUCCGAACUGCAGCACCUGCAACAAACUCACCUCCGAUGGGGCUUACAAGUGCAGUGUGUGUCCGUCCUGCAUCCUGUGUGAGACGUGCAGACAAAGCCACGAUCCGAGUCACAGCCUCGUUAGAACCAAGACGCCGCUCUCCAUCCCCGAGCAUGGAAUGUCAGGAGAGUUUAGGUUCCCGAGGCGAGGAGACAGAACUGUGCGCAAGGCCGAGAGACAGCGCCUCAAAGCUGAAAGAAGGCAGCUGAGAGCAGAAGUGAAGGAAAUCAAGAAGAAACUGAGACUGGAGAAGAGGGGGCUGCAGUUGAGUGGACCCUCUACCUCAGGCAGAGCCAACUUGACAAGCAUGGCCUCGGCGUCCAUCCAGGUCCCAGCCAUGUCCCCUCCCGCCGCCUCAGAAACAGCUACAGUCCAAGACCCCAUCUCAGCCCCGGUCCCUGACCCCCAGGACUCCAGUCCAGAGGGUCCUGGGGUCUCGAACGCGUCCUUGGUGCCCACUAUGGCUGCCUUGUUUCUGGAUGAAAAUCUGCCUGAUGGCACCCGUCUGGAGCCUGAUACCAAGUUCAUCAAAUACUGGAAGAUGAAGAACUCGGGCACAGUCAGCUGGACCUCAGAGACUAAGCUAGUGUUCAUGUGGGGGAACCUCGGCCUGGCGUCAGAGGAGAGGAGGGAGGUGCCUGUGCCCCUGCUGCUUCCCGGACAAGUGGGAGUGGUCAGUGUGGCGUUUGUUGCUCCGGUCAUGGAAGGAACGUACACCUCCCACUGGCGGCUGGCGCACUGCGGGUGUCAGUUUGGCCCGCGGGUCUGGUGCAGCAUUGUGGUCGACCCUGGCAGCAGCCGCAGCGCGCUCGGGCACCAAAGCAAACGAUUGAAGGAGGAGGUGAAGCCAGUGGAGAAGGAGGUAAGAUCCGGGACCAGUGGUUCUGCCUUCACUGUAGACCUCCCCCAUGAAGACUACUACUUUCCAUCAGUUGACCUGCUGACUGCACAGGAUCUCCUGUCCUUUGAGUUGUUGGACAUAAACAUUGUGCAAGAGUUGGAAAAGGUUCCCAACAACACUCCUGUUGAUUUGACCCCCUGCAUAUCGCCUCUUCCUCAUGAUGCACCUGUGCUGGACAAGUCCAUCACUUCACUGAUAAAAGAGGACACAGACGGAGUUGGGAAACCAUUUGGACUGAAACCAGCGCUGCAGGAGGUGUUGGAGUCUGUAGCCCAGGAGGAGGAGAAGGAGGAGGAGAUCAGUGGAGCUCAGUUCCUCUGUGAGACGGUUAUCCGCUCCCUCACUUUGGAGGAAGCCCCCGACCACAGACCCCUGCGAAGAGCCCAGCACGGCAGCCACAAACCGCGGGUUGUUUCUCGGGGGCCGAGCUUUUGUGUUGAGAAGACGGAGAAGAAAAAAGUGAAAACCGAGGAGCUUGUGGCCGAUAGAGCGGAGAGUUUAGCACCGCCCGUGACCACGAGCCUCAACCGGACCACCCAGAACGAGGAUGAGACGAGACCAGAGGAAGAAGACCUUCAUUUGCAACACGAGAACGAGGACAAAGAAGUUUUGCAAACCGUGAAAAACACUGAGCAGAAAGAGGACGGAGGAACGGGAGAAGAGUGGGAUGAAGUCAGCAGCCAGACGUCCUCGGCCUCCUCCAGCGAUGAAUACAUCAUCGUCCUCCCUGACUGCUUUGACACCAGCCGACCUCUGGGGGAGUCCAUGUACAGCUCGGCCGUGUCGCAGCCCGACACCGUCGCUGCCGGGACCUCCACCGAUCCAGACACGGAGAAAGAGGAGGGCUGUGACGUUGAGCCGUGCAGGGAGGCUCCGCUGACGGAGAGGAAGGAGGAGAUGAUCGCGGUGGAGGAGUCGUUGGACAACACUUGGCCUCCGCAAGUCUCUCCCAUCCACAGCAGCGUGACCCAGAUGUUGUGUGCGUCCCAGACUCUCGACGCCGUGACGCUCACCCCCCAGGUGGUGUCCCUGCCCGUCGUACCUCAAGCCCUGCAUCCGCCGCCGACCCUCUACUCGCCCAGGUCUGAGGCCCUGUAUCUGGCCGAGGAUCCCAGUCCUCCUGCCUGCGAUCCGUACGAGCCGCACCAACCGCGGGUUCACCUAAACUUGUCAUCUGGUUUGUCGAGAUCAGCGGGCUCAGCAUCCAGUGCCUUUGAGACCUACAAUCCUAGACCGAGCAAAGCGCUGCAGCCAAGGGGCCAAGGAGGCAUCACAGAGGGGUUCGUCAAGGGCGCCCUUUCAGUGGCCGCAUCUGCUUACAAGGCUCUCUUCACGGGACCAAACUGUUCCAUACAGCGAGGCAUCGACCCCGCCGCCAGGCAGGACCCUUCCAUGAUGGCCAUGCUGCUGGAGAUGGGCUUCAAGGACCAGCGGCUCAACCAGCAGCUGCUGAGGAAGCACAACUACAGCCUGCUGCACACGGUGAACGAGCUGGUGCAGAUGGCCGAGGAGAGCCAGAACGAAGCGGCCGACCCGCUGCGCUGAAGACGACGCCGAGGCUCCCAGAAUGGCGAUAAUUUAACUUUAGAGCUUAAUCUGAACAUAAUAAUAACCGUAGAGUUCGACUUGUGAAUCUUUUUUAGUUUAACACUACAACGCAAUCAAAAAAAAA